AUGGGUCAAGGAAUGUCAGGCCUUCCGCCCGGCGCCGGCGGCCAACAACCCGGCGGCAACAAAGAUGCCAAAGACGCCAAGGACGCCAAAGACCAAAAGAAGAAAUGGGAACCUCCUCUCCCAACGCGCGUCGGCAAGAAGAAGAAGCGCGGCCCGGACAAAGCGUCCAAGCUCCCUCCGAUCUACCCCACCACCCGCUGCCGCCUCCGUCUGCUCAAGAUGGAGCGGAUCAAGGAUUAUUUGCUGCUAGAGGAGGAGUUUAUUGCGAACCAGGAGAGGUUAAAGCCGGAUAGUGUGCGCGAGGAGAAGAGUGCGGCGGAGAGGAGUCGCGUGGAUCAGUUGAGAGGGAGCCCGAUGGCCGUGGGGACGCUCGAGGAGAUUAUUGACGACGACCACGCUAUCGUGUCGACGGCGACCGGUCCGGAGAGUUAUGUCUCCAUCUUGAGCAUUGUCGACAAGGAUAUGCUCGAGCCGGGAUGUUCGGUACUGCUCAACCAUAAGAACCAAGCGAUUGUCGGUGUGUUGGCGGACGACACGGACCCUAUGGUCAACGUCAUGAAGCUCGACAAGGCGCCCACAGAGUCGUACGCGGAUAUCGGUGGCUUGGAGCAGCAGAUUCAGGAGAUUAAGGAAUCCGUCGAACUCCCGCUCACCCACCCCGAACUGUACGAAGAGAUGGGCAUCAGACCGCCAAAGGGUGUCAUUCUCUACGGUGUACCCGGUACCGGCAAGACUUUGUUAGCCAAGGCCGUCGCGAACCAGACAUCUGCGACGUUCUUGCGUAUCGUCGGCUCUGAGCUGAUCCAGAAGUACCUCGGAGAUGGACCGAAACUCGUCAGAGAGCUGUUUAGGGUAGCGGAAGAGCAUGCACCUAGUAUUGUUUUCAUCGACGAGAUUGACGCUGUUGGCACAAAGCGGUACGAUUCCACGUCGGGUGGUGAACGCGAAAUCCAACGCACGAUGCUCGAGCUUCUCAACCAACUCGACGGCUUCGACACCCGCGGCGACGUCAAAGUCAUCAUGGCAACUAACAAGAUCGAAUCUCUCGACCCCGCCCUAAUCCGUCCAGGCCGUAUCGACCGCAAGAUCGAAUUCCCCUUACCAGACGUCAAAACCAAACGCCACAUCUUCCGCCUCCACACCUCGCGCAUGAACUUGAACGAGGACGUCGACUUGGAAGAGUUCGUUACUACCAAGGACGACUUGAGUGGUGCGGACAUCAAGGCUGUCUGUACGGAGGCGGGUUUGUUGGCGCUUAGAGAGAGGAGGAUGAGGGUCAAUAAGAAGGACUUUGAGAGUGCGAGGGAGAAGGUGUUGUAUAGGAAGAAUGAGGGGACGCCGGAGGGGUUGUAUCUGUAG